AUGUUACGGUAUACUUUCAGCAAAAAUGGCAGCGUAAGAGGUAACGUAGUGAACAAAUGGAGAGCUGUUGCGCACAAGGCGUUGAACUGUGGCGAUCCAUGGCUGAACAGAAACAUUUCCAGUUUACCAACCGAGCUUUGCCAGCGACACCGAUACUCAGCGGUGUGCAAGAAAUGGGUCUCAGACACGGUUAUGGUAAAGAUGGAGCUGGAGGCCUUUGAUAGAGGAGCGAUGCGGGAAUGUUACAGAUUGAAGAAAUUAAAUGCUUCUUCUGAAGUUUCCGGUGAUUGGGAGAAGGCAAUGAAUUAUGUUGCCAAGCGUUACCUAUCGGACGCUGAUCGGGAAGUCUACUUCGAGGACGUUCGUCUGCAGAUGGAUGCCAAGCUGUGGAGCGAGGAAUACAAUCGGCACAACCCACCGAAAAAGGUCGACAUAUUUCAAGUGUCGUUGUUGGAGUUUGUCAAUCGCGAAGGGUCUCCACUGUUUCACAUGGAACAUUACAUCGAGGGCGACUACGUGAAGUACAACUCUAACUCUGGCUUCGUAUCUUCGCUCUGCCGCCAGACGCCGCAGACUUUCAGCCACUUCACGUUCGAACGAAGCGGUCACCAGAUGAUCGUCGUCGACAUCCAGGGCGUCGGCGACCUGUACACCGACCCACAGAUACACACCUCUAAUGGACAUGGUUACGGCGACGGAAACCUGGGCACCCGUGGAAUGGCGUUGUUCUUCCACUCGCAUAUUUGCAACUCCAUCUGCCGCUCUUUGGGUUUGACACCCUUCGAUUUGGCUCCUUCCGAAAAGGCUUACCUAAAUAGGCAGAUGUCGCGAUCGGUAGUUCAGGCGCUCAUAAUUUUUGCUGUAUGUUUGAAACAUUGUACCUGUUCAUUUUCAUCUUCAUCUUCCAUCGCCGCUUCUCCUUUCGGGUCGCGGAGGCAGACGCGUCAGACAGUG